GCGAGGCCUGACGGCGAAGGAACGCGCCCUCGUGUGUACCGACUCGGAAUGAUCCCUUCUAGCUGCCGUAGGCUGUAACCGCCCUUGGCUUCCGGAAUCCCUGACGGCCCUUUGCGGAGCGGAGCGGAAGGGAAGGAGGUGACGAGUGGACUGGAGCAGGAUGGCUGGGCACAGACUGGUAUUAGUAUUAGGAGACCUUCACAUCCCACAUCGAUGCAACUACCUCCCAGCUAAGUUCAAAAAACUGCUGGUCCCAGGAAAGAUCCAGCACAUCCUCUGCACCGGAAACCUCUGCACCAAGGAGAGCUAUGACUACCUCAAGACUUUGGCUGGGGAUGUUCACAUCGUAAGAGGAGACUUUGAUGAGAACCUGAAUUAUCCAGAACAGAAAGUUGUAACCGUUGGGCAGUUCAAAAUUGGGCUGAUCCAUGGCCAUCAAGUUAUACCAUGGGGAGAUAUGGCCAGCCUGGCACUGCUACAAAGGCAGUUUGAUGUGGACAUUUUAAUUUCAGGGCAUACACACAAAUUUGAGGCAUUUGAGCAUGAAAACAAGUUCUACAUCAACCCCGGGUCAGCCACAGGAGCUUAUAGUGCCUUGGAGAACAACAUCAUUCCUUCAUUUGUGCUGAUGGAUAUCCAAGCUUCCACAGUAGUGACCUAUGUGUAUCAACUAAUUGGAGAUGAUGUGAAAGUAGAAAGAAUUGAGUACAAAAAACCCUAAAAUGAAUCUUCUGGUGCUCUUUACCAUCUCAUUCCCUCUUGUUCUAGUCAAGUAACUGAGCAUUCAAGAACCACAAACUGUCUGCAAUAUUUGAUUGUUUGCAGUAUUAAACACUUGCUAACUGCUUGUAGCCUAUAGCAGUGUAACUAGUUUAUAAUACAUAGCUUCCAAACAAUGGCACAUUCUUGCUUGUUUUCUAUGUAUGGUUCAGCUUGUAAAAUAUCCUGUUAUGGUGCAAAAUGCCUUAGGUGUACAAUCAGUCUUGUUAAAUAACUACCUUUAAUGUUGUAAUAAAACUUGUUUUUCAAUCAGUCAGGUUUUAUUUAUAUAAAAUAUAUUUUGAAUGAUAAACCAUUAAGGCAAAGUUACGUGUAACAGUUGAAAUUCUUUUGAAAUAUACUGAAUUAUUCAUAAGCUUGUGACAGUACUCUACUUUUGGUAAUAGCAUUUACAGAACCUGCACAUUUAAUGGAAUUUAAAGUAAUUUAUCCAUUUUUAGAAAAAAAUUAGCUGAAGCCUCUUGACAGCAAAAGACUCGUCUAACCUGUGAAACUUAAACUGAAUUAAAGUAGGGUGUGAAUUUAGAGUGCAGUUGCUAUUCUGAAAUAUGCCCUAUGUGGUGGAAUGAGUUUAUUAUUUGUAAUUAGUUUAAUCCACUUUGGAACUGGCACUUAUUCCAGAAUAAGUGGCCGCACAAAAUUAUUCUGGAAUAGCUAAAAUGAAGCAUGUGUGAACAAACCGUAAGAAGUGAGCCAUAACAUGUUUGUUUUAAACCAUAUUUAAUAUUUCUCACUCAGAUUAGUGUCUAAGCCAAGAGCAAGAGUAAAAUGAUUUAGUACUGUUCCUGAAAUUACCAGGAUAAAACUAAUGUUAAGGUUCUGUUACUUAAAGUACAACUUCUCUAUGAAAUCAAACUAGUUCUAAAGCACUGCAUGACAGUUUUGGAGCAUACACAAACUGUCUUCAAUUACUUGUUCAAGUUUAACCAAUGACCAUCUGAUUAGCUUUGCCUUACUUACUCCAGAUUUAAAGGAAAAAGUAAAUCAAGAUAAAAUGUUAACCUCAGUUUAUAUAGAAGUGGUCCCAUCUGUAUACAAGAGUUUAGACAGUUUAGUUUCACUUGACUUGCUCAUCUUUAGAAAGUUGAAGACCAUAGUUCAUUUAUUUAGACCCCAAAAAUUGGUUUUGAAAUACUAGGACUUGUGGAUUUCCUAUUCUCAGCUGAAACCACUCAACCCAAGCUCCACAUAGUAGGGUAGCUUCUGUUGCUCAUGCCUGCCAUUUUGUAGUAAUUAUCCCACUAAGAAAGGGAGCCAUAGCAGCGUUUCUUGUAGAGUAUUAUUGAUGUUUGUUUCAUAAAGAACAGCAAGCAUCUUUUUCUCUGCAUUCUGAGAGUGGCUUGCUACACUAGAAUAGCUCACUGUUUUU